AUGUACGCCAAAAGUGCAACAGGCGCUCUUCGCAGCGCCCGGCGAUUCUCCACAAUCUCGGCGUCAUCGGGCCUCAAGAUCAAUUCCGAGAGGUUGUGGAACACAUUACACCAGACGUGUGAAUACGGAGCUGCACAUCGAUAUGGCGAAUCCCCAACCGAGACAGGCAUGGCGCGUUUAACUCUCAAUGAUGAGGACGCCCGUGUGCGACGGUGGUUUGCCAAAGAAGUCGAAAAAUUGGGAUGCUCCCUCUCCAUUGACCAGAUGGGCAACAUGUUUGCGAAGCAGUCUGGUCGACUGGGCUCACCUGCACCAAUGAUCGCUAUGGGGAGUCACCUCGACACUCAGCCCCGAGGUGGCCGGUACGAUGGUAUCCUAGGUGUGAUGGCUGCCCUUGAGGUGCUACGCACGAUGAAAGAAAAUAAUUUCCAGACGAAUUACGACGUCGGAGUGGUGAACUGGACCAACGAGGAAGGUGCCCGAUUCCCCAAAUCGAUGUGUUCGUCUGGCGUAUGGGCUGGUGCUAUUCCAAUCCAAAAGGCGUGGGACUUGCGUGAUAUUCACGACUCUAGCGUCACCCUUCGUUCCGAGCUUGAAAGACAUGGAUAUUUGGGCGAGAUCGCUUGUUCUAGUGAUGCGGCCACCGGAUAUCCCCUAGGAGCUCAUUUCGAAUUACACAUCGAGCAAGGUCCGAUCCUUCCGGAGAACAAUCGCUCGAUUGGCGUCGUUCGCGGAGCCCAGGGGUACCGGUGGCUGACCAUGACCGUUCAUGGGAAGGACGCCCAUACGGGAACCACACCCUUCAGCGCCCGACAGGAUCCUCUGCUGGCGUCUUCGAGGAUGAUUGCAGCAUCCCAUGAUAUCGCCAAGAAGCACGAUGCCCUAGCCUCUACGGGCAUUAUUAAGGUUCCCUCGAAUGCCUCUACUAACACCGUCUCGUCGCAAGUGACCUUUACCCUUGACAUUCGACACCCACAGGACCAUGUGGUUCAUGCCGUGCAAGAUGAGUGUCUGAAGGCAUUUGAGACCAUCGCAUCCCAAGAUGGCAAGGGGGUCUCAUUCGACUGGACCUUAGAUACGGACUCACCUGCGGUCAAGUUUGACGACGACUGCGUGGCAUCUAUCCAGGCGGCUGCGGAUCAGCUUGUUGGCCGAGAGCAAUCUAUGCUUAUGACCAGUGGCGCGGGCCAUGACACGGUAUACACCAGUCAACACUGCCCUUCGGCAAUGAUUUUCGUCCCUUGCCGGGAUGGUGUCAGCCACCACCCAACUGAAUAUUGCAGUCCACAAGACUGUGCUCUCGGUACCCAAGCUCUUCUUGAGGCCGUCGUUCAUUACGAUCAGUCUCGGGCAAACAAGGAAAAUAAAUGA